CAGUAAUCCACAGAGAGUCACUGCCGCUGGGACCCACCACUCGUAUUUUGUACUUCCACUUUGAUUCGCCCCUUUGCUUUCUCCAGCAAUGGCGAACAACAACAAAGAAGAGCCGAAGACGGCGCCCCAGCCCGAUCGAUGGUAUGAUCUGUCUCUAGGUCCUUCAUUCAACAACGAAUCCUCCAACAAAUUUUGCACUCUCCGAUAUGAAUUUAAACCCGCGUCGAUCGAUAAAACGAAACCGGGAUCGCUGAAGAAGACCAAGGAAAAUAGGGUUACUAUUGAAUUUCAGAACAAUCAAUUGGGGAAACCUAAUGUGGCGUUUGUUGGUAGUAGUGAGGAUUACAAGGAGAAUGAUGCCGUUUUGUUUUUUGACGGCGAGACAUUCCGUUUGGAGCGGCUGCACCGGGCGGUCAAGCAGCUUCGGCACCUUCGUCAGCCGGGCGAAUCUUCUGCCGCUGGCGUGGCCGCCGCCUCGUCCACCUCCGCUUCUGCCCUUCAUUCUUUGACGCCGCCGGAGCCUCGGCUAUCUCCUCCAGCGGCUAAAGUUCCCAAACCUAUGCAUAUGGGCCGAGGCAGCUUUCCGUCGGUGCUAGUAGAGGUGGAAAAGAUAGAUAUUGGAGAGCCAGGAAAUACAGGUGCAAAAUCUGUUGUUGCUAGUAAAGGGCCUGCUGAUUACUCAUCAGAUCCACCAAACGUAUCUGCUCCCUCUCCAGGCCCUAAGAAUGACGAUGAGCAUCAAGAUAUUGAUAUUGAUGAUAUUUUUGGGUCUGUUUCAUCUGAUGAUGAAAAUAAUGCUGAAGAAGAUAAAGUUGACGCUGGAUUCGAUAUAAAUGUUCCACAUCAUAAUGAUACCGACGAUGAGAUUGCUGAUGUGGAUGAUAGCGGCGACGAAGCUGAGAAGGGACCUAAUGCUGCGGAAGCUCUCAGAGCUCAGGUUAAUGCAGAGGGCAGGGAGGGACCUACAGCUGCAGCAGCCCUGAGAGCUCAGGUUAAUGCAGAGGGCAGGGACGAGCAGAGUUCGAGUUCUAGUAGCAGUGAAUCGGGCAGUGGCAGCAGCAGUGGAAGUAGCAGUGGCAGCAGUGACAGUGAAGGAACUGAUGAGGAUUCGGUUACCUCAAUCUGAAGAGAUGAUCUUGAGCUCUGAGAAGCCGUCUCAAUGGAAAUGAAGCUGAUAAGACCGAUCUUAAGACCGACCAAAAUAUGCAAAAAUUGUUCUCACCAUCACUCCUUGUGGUUCAUACUUCAUUCUUUUUAUUGGGGGUUGAUUUCAAUGCUUGGAAAAACUCUUAGAAUAAUUUAAUUGUAACAUACAACUUCAAAUAUAGUGAUUUUUGUUCAUGUGGUUCUAUUUUAC